CACGGACAGCCUUUUGAAGCUUCAUCGAACGACUUUUUUAAGAAAAAGCAGCCUCGCCCAAAGAUCCACAAGACAAAGCCCUCAACGCCGAAUAAUCCGCAUCUAUACAUUGCGCGCAUAUCCCCAACAUGCCGAACUCGUGCCAGGAACUCCGCGAUGCCCUCGCGCAAUGCCUCCAGGAAUCCGACUGCGUCAUGAUCUACCGCAACAAGGCCUCCGACUGCCUCCGCGAGCCCCUGUCGUCGACCCUCCCGACCAAGUGCCAGCAGCUCAAGAAGGGCUACGGCGAGUGCAAGCGUGGCCUGGUCGACAUGCGGAAGCGCUUCCGAGGGAACAUGCCCGUGACGUAUCGCUCGGUGGAGGCUUCGGAGCAGGGCAAGGGAUACCAGCUGUACGCGGGCAGGUCUGCGUUUGGAGGCGGCGUCAAGGAGACGGACGGCAAUGAGCCGAUUGAGCAGGACUGGAGGGAGGCUGAGAAUGAGAAGUACCGGCUGGAGCAGCAGAGGCUGGCACAGAGCGGGAAAUAAAGAGACGGACGAGGUUUAUAUGAAGAGUGGAAUGAGGGAAGACAGGGAAAGGAGAAACAGGAGGGUAUAAAAAGAUGAGAGCGAAUUAUGGUGCAUGGUAUGGCGUUUUUGGCGUUGAAUUUGGGAGCAAACUCAUCUCUGAUGCUUGCAAUAUGGGGAUUGGUCACUUGGGUGGUCACAAUGAUAGAGAGAAGGGGGGGCGGCAAAUCUCUAUGUCUUCUAUAGAGCCUGUGCGUGUAUGCUAUAUGAUCCUCGAACAUGAUGGAAGGCCUUGAUGAUGGCUUGUACAAUGAAAUGAACGGUGUAUAUUAGUAUGGAAC